AUGUUUCUUCCUUUAGCUUUCAUGGACUAUGCCAUGCUAGCGGCAUUUCAUAUGCAGCAGUUGUAUUCAUCCGAUGCCAAUCAGUCCAUGGAACCUCUGUACAAUUACUUGCUGAUUUCAAGAUUUCAGCAUAAUUCUAAGACCGAAAAGGAAUGCAGAAAAGAGGGAUGUUUGACUACAUCUGAAAUAAAUGAAGCAGAAAAAAGGAUUAUUAGAAUGAUUCAAGAAGAGUCUUUCACAGAAGAAUCAGUAAGAGGUUUGAAGACCCUCAAUGUCUUUAAAGAUGAGGAGGGUAUUUUAAGGAUUAAAACAAAAUUAACUAAGAAGGACGACUUGCGAAAUUUUAGAUACCCCAUUCUUCUUCCUGGGAAACAUAGGAACAUACAGAUCCAACGUAUCGGUUUGCCUCAGGACAGAGUAGAAGAAUCAGCUGCAUUUGAAGUGAGCGGCGUAGAUUUAGAUGGACCACUUACGCUUAAGGAAGGUGAAAAAUGUUCGAUAGUUCUUUUCACCUGUGCAGCGUACCGAGCAAUACACCUAGAACUGACACUGUCACUUGAUACUAGAUCCUUCCUCCUUUGCCUUCGGCGGUUCAUAGCCAGACGAGGCCGACCAAAGUUUAUUUACAGCGAUAAAGGCACUAACUUCGUAGGCGCUGAAAAUUUGCAGCGAAAACUGGAUUGGGAUGUGAUCGAAAGAGAAGCUUCUAUUCAAAGAAUAACAUGGAAAUUCAUACCACCCUUUGCACCCUGGUGGGGUGGGUUUUGGGAACGGCUUGUACAAAUGGUGAAUAAACUUCUUAGACGUGUUUUAGGGAAUGCCUGA